AACACCUCGAGGCACAGAUUCACUGUAACCACACCCAGCUCCAGGUCUCGAGCCCUCCCCCCACAGCGGACGCUUCUUUUUAAAAUCCUCUCCUGGUUUUUAAAACGAGGGGGCUUCGAGUUCGAUUCCCGGUGUUAUAUGCGUGAAACUGCCAGGAGUUAUUUAUUUAUUUUUAUUUUAUUUAGUAUUUCAAAUUCAUUUUUAAUAGCCUGGAAUUUCGCGCAGCUUUGCUUCCUUUAAACUCGGUUUUUGUCUUCAUAGGAGAGACGUUGGCCAAGUCUUCAGUAUCAUCCUGCAGUUUUGCCUGGCUGACAUCAACAUUUAGAGCGAGCAGCAACAUUCAUCUGCUACCUCCCAGCCUGUGUGAGAUCUGAACGCUGACUAAAAGAAGCUGCAAGGUAUCUGACUGCUGGGAACAAAAGAGCUAAAUAUCAUACAAGACUGAUCAAAGGGAAGCCAUGUUGAUCGUCCUCGCCUUCAUCAUCCUCUUCCACCUGGCUACUUCCAUCCUGCUCUUUGUUGCCACUAUUCACAAUGCRUGGUGGGUAGUGUCAGACGGAGAUGAGGUCAUCUACACUGAUUUGUGGUACUCCUGUAACCAAACCUGCUACCCUGUGGAGAACAGCCACACAGUUGCAGCAGCUUAUCUGCAGGCAGUUCAGGCCACUAUCAUCCUGGCCACCAUUUUAUGCUGCGUCAGCUUCUUCGUCUUCAUCCUGCAGCUYUUCAGCAUCAAACAGGGAGAGAGAUUCAUUUUCACAGCUGUUAUCCAGCUGUUGGCCUCUCUAUGUGUGCUGAUCGCAGCCUCCAUCUACACCGCUGAGAAUAAGAGCUUUCAUGAGCCCCGUCUCCGAAAAGGCACCUUCGGCUCCUCUUAUAUCCUGGCGUGGAUCUGCUUCCCCAUGACUCUCGUUAGCGGCCUCAUGUACCUGGUACUCAGAAAACGCAAAUAAAAGUGACAGGGAUGCAACAACUCACUGAUAGGAUCUUGGACAUGUGUCCUCCCCAACCCUGAGAUUUUUUUUUUAGUAUUGCAAUCAAGACAAAAACAAGUUAAAGGGUUCAGACAUGGACAGUUUUCUAUAAAACAUGCCAACUCAAAACAGCUAAGUGCUUUUAUUCUUCUUGAUGGUGCUACUUUUCCCAAAAGUGACAAAGAWACAUCUUAUCUUUUUGUUUUUCUAUACUUAAGCUUCUUUUUUCUUUAAAAUCGAAAAUGAAUCAUUACACUGUGGUUCAUGUUUGAUUUGCAAAGGCCUUAAUUAAAAUAGGUCAUGUUACUUUUGCCAACUCAGCCCAUUGUGUUGGGUUAUUUUCUUCAUAUUGAGUUAAAUUCAAUUAAAUCCACAUAACAUUAGUCUUUAACUCUGUCUGUCACCAAACAGCUUCACUUUACGGAUGCUUAUUAAACUUACAUCGCUAUGUUUCAUGGAAACACUCCACAAUGCCAAGAUUUACUUAAGGGGUCCACUUUUUUUUGUGAAACUCUGCAUAAUUUGUUUUUGUACAUACUCCAUGUAUAGUUCAGUUCAUCAAAUAGAAGUAAAAAACAUUAAAAGUUAACCAAAGCAUGCAAGAAAUGUAGUGAAGUUACUGUAUAGCCAAUCAUUAACAUGUAGGAUUUUCAUGCUUUGUAUUCUUUUUAUAACGGACUUGUGUUUUAUUGGUGAACAACGAACCGAUGACGUGCCGUGAUAUUUGGGGAUUGAAUCUGAACGAUGAAAAACAAACGACAAUAAAAAAAACAUUAUGCAUACUUGAAAUAAUGAAGAAUUCUUUUGUUGUGAUUUUGGAUUUUUGUUGUCAAAGCUUCACUGAAGAAGACAAAAAGCUAUUUAUUGUAUGAAACCACUCAUAGUUUCUUGUAUUUUAGACUUUUGUGGCUGAAGAUUCAUGAAGUAAUAAAGUUUUGAUCUUUUUGUUGCUUUCUGGCCAAAAUGCUAUGCUAUGUUCUGACUUUUGAGUAUAAUGACUUAUUAGAGACAAAAAAAAACCAGCCAUUCAUUUUCUUUAAUGCUUUCUAAUGACCACAUUUUUGGUAGAAAUUCAACUUUGGGAUCGUCUUGGGAGAGCAGCAGAGUAUUAACUUUACAACUGCUGCAAACUUGAAAAACUGCAAAUAUCUGGAUGUUUGUUGUUCAUGCUUCACUUAAACUCAUUUUCAUCUCAAAGCUUUCAACAAAUCCCACAAUGCAAAAAAAACCUGUUAAUAACUUUUUAGAGACAUUACCAUGUGAAAAUAAUCACAAGUCAACCCUGUUAUUGUUAGAAAUGUUUUGAAGUAUUAAUUCCACAAUGAUUGUUUGAUUUUGUUCUUAAAUAAUUUUAUUGGCUUAAAAUAUCUGUAGAGUUUUAUUGCUUUUUCUGUUUGAUAACACAUUUUUAAUUGUGUAGUUUUGCUUCCUUUUUUUAAACAGGGCUUUUGCUCUAGUUUUUUCUCAUGUUGAUUUUGACGUCAGUUGCAACAUCCCAGGCAGCUUCAGUCAUUUGUAACAUGUUGAGUGUGUUUGCAUGCAUCAUGUUUCCUAAAUCUGAGCUUGCUCCUGACACUAAGUGGACUGAGAGGAAACUUCAUUGAGUGUUCGUGUCAGUUUCAGGCUGCAGAAUUUCUACUUUUCACCUUUUUUUUGGAUAUAAAUCUUAAUAAAUGUAAAUGUGAGUAUUAA